CGCGCUGCGAGUCCCUCGAGGGGCCAUGAACCACUUGGGGUCCGUGCAGCAGAAGGUCCCCUGUCUGUUCGUCACUCGGGUGACGGAGGAGCCCUCAGCCAAGCGAGAGCGCCAGCCUUUUAAAGUGUUGGCUACUGAAACCAUAAGUCAGAAAGCCUUAGAGGCAGAUAUCUACAAUGCAAUUCCUACUGAAAAGGUGGAUGGAACUUGCUGUUACAUAACAACCUACAAAGGACGACCAUAUCUCUGGGCCCGGUUGGAUAGAAAACCCAAUAAGCAAGCUGAGAAAAGAUUUAAGCGAUUUUUAUACUCGGCAGACAAUUCAGAAGGAUUUACUUGGAAUAUUGAAGAAGAUUUUAGAACCGUCCCUGAAUGCUGGAUUCCGGCAAAAGAAAUAGAGCAUUGUAAUGGGAAACCUUUUCCUGAUGAAAAUGGACAUAUUCCAGGUUGGGUGCCAGUAGAGAAAAACAGCAAACAGUACUGUUGGCAUACAUCUGUUGUUGAUUAUGAAUUUGAACUAGGUCUGGUUCUGAAGCCUCACACAGAGGAAACUGGUCUUUUGGAAAUCAGUCCAGUGCCCUUGUCUCACUUUUCUGAGCACACACUGGAGCUUAUUGGAACAAACAUUAAUGCAAACCCAUAUGGUUUAGGAAGCAAGAAACAUCCUAUACACCUUCUUGUUCCACAUGGAAUAUUUCAGAUAAAGAAUGUACCUGCACUCAAUCACACUGACAUACUGGCUUGGCUUGAUGGAUGCAAAGAGGGGAAGAUUGAAGGGAUUGUAUGGCAUUGUGCUAAUGGAAGCUUAAUCAAGCUCCAUCGACAUCAUCUUGGCUUGCCUUGGCCGAUUGCACAUCCUAAUUUGAUUUCUCAACCAGUUGUUGUAGACUUCAGUGGGGACAAAUAUGGCUAUAACUUUCAACCAAAUACACUUUUUCAUUAUUUUUCAAAGUUGGAUGGACAAAGAUUCAAUAGUCUGAGAGAUAUAAUAGGUGAUUAUGAUCAAAUUUCUUAACAAGAGAAAUAGAGCUAUCUGCACAACUGUUCAUUCCUUUUUGAUGACCGUUACAUAAGGUUGUCAGGUAACUUUCAGCCCUUAGUUUACAUAUGGCUUAACAGCCCUCUGUGUCUCUCUCUGUGUGUGUUAUUGCUUUUUCAGUCAAUAUUAAAAUUAUUUAAACUUUUGAAUUGUUUUAAAUUUAUCCAUAUUUCAAUGUAACAUAUAUACAGUACCUGGAUGUAUCAAGGUUUUUCUGUUGAGGUUUGUAGCUACAAUUACUAAUUUGCACACAACAGUUUAUUCUAGUGAUAUAGAACUAACAGAAUAUUUAAAUUUGAUUGAGCAAUAGAUGAAGCCAUGUUACUGAAACCACAAAAUUGCCAAAAAAAAAAAAACAAAAAACAAAAAAACCCAACCCUGCUGGUAUGAACUGAAUAGUUUCUGGAUUUGUACUUUAUUUUAUACUUUUGUUCAAGUGCUGGAGCAGAAAAUACUUACAAAAUAAAUCACUUAUAAAACAGUGCAUGUAUAUAUCUGAACUGUUACUCUUCUGUUAAAAUACAUAGAUGCAGCCCUUUUAGGAAGGUGUGAGCAAUUCUUUGUUGCAAUGUAUUUUAAAAGGAGUUGGCCAUUUAAUUUGUACAUAGAGGUGUGUGCUAAAGAAUAGACUCAGAAAAUGCACCCAGCUCAGACAUUUGUUUUAAAAUGUUUGAGAUCCUGCAUUUUCUUAGAAAUGUAUGUGCUACAAAUGUAUUUGCACUAUUGUCUAAAUUCAUUUUAAAAUCUACUUAAUCUUGAUUAUGGAGUACAGUACACUAUUAUGCUAAAAGACUUAGGUGUAUGUACCUUAAAUGUGUUAAGUGACACACACACACGCCCCAACUCUCUGGGACAGGAAAUGUUCCAUUGGUCAAUGGAUGGAUAUUAUCGUGUACAGCCUUUGGCUGAAAUCCCAUUAUGUAGUUUAUGGUGAUAUUUCAGAAAUUAUUUUUUCCCAUCCCUACCCCUAAAGGUCUGGAGACUCCCUUUUGUUGCGAGAAAGUUGUUGGAGGCUGUGGAAAAUCUUUAAUUUCUGAAAAUUGCUGCUGGUACAAUUAUCCCAACAAUGGCAAUUUUUGUGAAUUAAUGACACCCUAUGUCCUAUUGCUCCACAAAAAAAAAAAAA